AUGAUCGAGCUCCUCGAGAACCAGAAGCAGCUGCUUCGAUCGCUCGAGCGCUCUCUCGACAACUUUAAGAAGAUCGGCCGCAAUAAUCUCACCUCCGCAAAAAUCAGGAGUCGACUGAACGGGCUGAAGGAGCUGUGGAAGGAAUUCCAACAGGGUCAUGCAGCUCUGCAAAGCACCGUUUCUCUCGCCAGUCAGCAGUCGGUUGAGUAUUUCAAAGACAAUUUAUAUGAUACCGCUGAAGACACGUUUCAAACCACUUCCGACUACAUGGCUGAGUGUCUAGAGGAGAUUGAACCGUAUGUCAAUCCAAAUCAAUCAGUUCAACUGGAUACGUCAACGCAAAAGACGUCUUCCGCCUUUUCGUUUUCACAUCUACCGCCAAUAACUUUGCCGCCCUUUGACGGCAAGUAUGAUGAGUGGGAGAGCUUCCGCGAUCGGUUUACAUCGUUAAUUAUAGACAAUUCGGAGCUAACAGACUUCGCGCGGAUGCAUUUUCUCACUGCUAGUUUAAAGUAUCGAGCUCGCGAGUGUAUUCAACAUCUUUCCGUCACAGCUGACAAUUUUACCGUUGCGUGGGAUACGUUGAAGGCCCGCUUCGAAUGCAAACGGCGUCUUCUUAAUGUUCAUCUCAAUACAUUGUUGAAUCUUCCCGCGAUCCAUUGUGAGUCGAUUCCAGAAUUACAGGUGCUUCGCGAUAAGACUAACGCCACGGUAGCGGCGCUCAAAAAUUUGGAUCGCUCCUCAGACCAGCUGUGGGACGAUAUUCUCGUUUGCCUGAUUUCACAAAAAUUAGACUCGCAUACGCGCAAGACUUGGAACCUCAAAAAUAACGACGUCAACACGCUCCCAUCCUCCGAGGAUCUAUUUGACUUCCUCGAUACGAGAAUCCGCGCUCUCGAGGAAUGGAAGCUGCCGCUCUCCUCAUCGGACAAGUCAAACAAGGCGUCUAACACUCAAAAAUCAGCAGCACUAACGCCACUGCGAAGGCGCAAUCGAAAUGUUCCUUAUGCAAAGCCAAUCAUUUUCUUAAUGCAUGUCCGAUAUUCGCAAAGAAGAGUUCGAGUCAACGUCGCGAGUUCGUUAAGCAAGACGGUCGCUGUUUUAACUGUCUCAGUAAAGGUCACUCGCAAGCAUCACUCGUUACUGCACGAUGAUUCGAACUCUUCCUUAAAACCAGACGACCAGAAGUCGUCAAAUCCGCCGGCGAUUCCCGUCGAGUCGCCUCCCGACGCGAUAAAUUUACUCAAUGCGUCAGCCCAGCAGCUUCGCCGAUCUUCUGUUUUAUUGGCGACUGCCUGGGUUACUGUUACUGCGCCGUCAGGUCGAUCGGUCGAAGUAAGAGCGCUACUUGACCAAGGGUCGGAGAUGACGUUUAUCACCGAACGACUGGCGCAAAGUCUGCGGCUUAAACGAGUGCGCAUGCCGACGUCUAUCUCUGCCGUCGGGGGUGUCACGGUGGGAACCUGUCGGCACGCCGCUCAGAUCACAAUAUCUCCGCGGAGUGCAUCGGCUCCGGGAUUCUCGACUACCGCGUUAAUCUUAAAGUCAUUGACGGCCUAUUCACCGCAGCGAGUCCUAGGCGAGUCCGUGCUCGGACACAUGGGUUCGCUUUCAUGGGCGGAUCGCGACCCCCUGAGUGCGGAUCCUAUCGACCUUCUCAUCGGUGCCGAUCUCUAUGGCGAAAUUAUUCUGGACGGAAUUCGUAAAUCGACGGGCGGACGACCGAUCGUUCAGAAUACGGUAUUCGGUUGGGUAAUUUCAGGGCCGACAUCGCGUUCCGAAAUUUUGUCUCACGCAUCGUUCGUCAAUUCGGGUGACGAUCGAGCUAGCAUCACUUCACUACAUUGUUCUACUACCUUGUCCCUCGACAAGGAACUUCGACAAUUUUGGGAAACGGAGGAAAUCCCGCGUCGAAUCAUACUUACUCCAGAGGAGGAAGCCUGUGAACAACAUUUCUGCUCGACUCAUUCUCGUCGGUCGGAUGGACGACGAUACACUGUCCGACUUCCGUUCAAAACUAAACCGCCUAUCGACAUAGGAGACUCCCGGGCGAUCGCCGAGAAACGCUUAACAACGUUAACGCGGCGACUUUAA